GCUGUCAAGCUCGCCUUGUUGUAUAUUCUACACAUGGUUUUGUUGGGGAAUGAUCGACGAAAGAAGGUGUCCACGGAGUACUUACAGUUAGUUGAUCAUUUGGACGGGUUUAAUUCCUACCCUUGGGGCGUCGUUGUUUGGCAGAUGACAUACGAUUCUAUGUCACAGACGUGUGAGAGACUCUGUUCUGGACGUAUGCAGGAAAUCCGUAAAUACGACCUUUACGGAUUUCCUUUCGCAUUUCAGUAUUGGAUAUAUGAGACUCUAGAGACGUUACACGAGUGGAUUGACCUUGUUGAUCUUUAUGUGUCCCCACGGAUGUUGAGGUGGCGUACGCGAGACGUCCCUGUUUGGACUCAUAUCGGUCGUAUUUUCACUGGUGAUCCGGAGGAUGUCACAUUCCCUCUUCGUCCAUCAGUCAUCGAGGAGGGUUUACCGUGGUACGCGGAGAUUCGUGAGUACACCGGUUUACCAGAUGCUGAUUCCUCCUCAUCUUCUUCGACCCCGACCGCGACUGCAGACGGGGCUCCUCCAUCCUCGAGACAUUCUGAUGUACCCGUAGAGACUUCUGAGACACGUGAGGAGCCUAUUCAGACUCCUGUUAUCGAGCAGCAUGUAUGUUCCCCUGUUGUUCAGAGCCCACGGACGACAGACCAUCCUAGAGUGGAGGAGCACCCUACCGUGGACGAGCAUCCUAGUGUGGAGGACCACACUACUUUAGCGCACUGGGGUGCUACGAUUUUACGUGAGAUAUCAAGUUUUCGCGAUGAUAUCUCUUCGCAGAUGACUCGAUUACGUGACGAUAUCUAUUCCCAGAUGACUCGAUUAGAGGAUCGUAUGACUCGUUUAGAGGACAUCGUCACGCGUAUAUAUUCAGCCCCCGUCGUUGAGGAGAGGGACGACGUUAUUGGGAUGACCUCCCCCAUUGAUACCGCAAUACCAUCCCAUCAGUCACAUGAGGGUCAUCGACAGGAUGGGGCACCGGUUGACCCUUCGGUGACUUCACCGAUCCGAUCUGAGGGUCUUCGUCAUGAGGAGGGUUUACCGAUCGGAUCUCCUAUCAUUUUAGAUCAUCCACUGGAGGGACUUCACAUUGACAUAUCAUCGAUCGAGGGUUAUUUCCGGACACCUUCCCCGGAAGUUCAGUUGGUUCGUACUGCACGUGGUCGAAUCGUCCGGAAGGUUCCACUGGAUCAAAGACGAAAGACAGCUUCUGGAGGCUUGUUGUAG